AAUCCACCGAAAACCCCGAACCCUAAUACCGGCUCGAGCCCAUCCCCCAUCUCCCAUCCGAUCCGAUCCGAUGCUUCCCAUGGUCGACGACCCCUCCGCCGCCGGCGCGGCCGCCUCCUCCUCCUUCCCGGACGCCGACGCCUACGGCAACGGGGACUCCGAAGACAUCGACUUCCCAGUCGACCCAAUCUCCAACGCCCCCUUCUCCUCCUCCGCCGCCGUCCCCGCCCCCGCCCCCGCCGCCGCCGCCGCCGCGGCCGGGGGCGAGCGCCGGCCCCUCUUCCAGCGCCUGUGGACGGAGGAGGACGAGAUCGUGAUCCUGCGCGCCUUCGCCGAGUUCACGGCGCAGCGGGGCACGGCCUUCGCGUCCCACCAGUACGACACGGACCCCUUCUACGAGGAGAUGCGCCGCCGCCUGCAGCUCGACUUCUCCAAGAGCCAGCUCGCCGAGAAGCUGCGCCGCCUCAAGCGCAAGUACCGCAACUGCGUCGACCGCCUCCGCGUCUCCGGCAACUCCUUCACCUUCCGUUCCCCGCACGAGCAGGCCGUCUUCGAGAUCGCGCGCAACAUCUGGCGCCCCGCGUCCGACAAGCACGGACGCGACCCCGGCGCCGCAGACUCCGACGACGACGCCACCGUCACCGCCACCAACAACGGGGACGCGAAGUCCCCGUCUUCCUCAAAGGCGCAGCGCCGUGGCCGACGCAGGCGCACGGCUGACUUCGCUGCCGAUCCCUCACAGACACCGCAGUUCACGCCGGCGUCCAUGCCUGUCAAGACGGAGGACUCGCUGCCGGCCUUCUUUCCUCAGGUAGUAGCCAUGGACGGCGCCGAGCCUGUUGUUGUGCCGGCAGCCGCGCAGCCAACAAUCAACACAGAGAGCAGCGUCCUGACGCCUCUGUUCAAGGAGAUGGUCCGUGCAAUGCUAGGCAUGGGCGGCUGCCCGUCUCCUCUGGGUCUCGGUGCCAAGGUCCCUGAGCCGCCGGCUGGGAUACCCAUGGAGGGAGACAAGUGGAGGCAGCAACGGAUUCUCGAGCUGGAGGUCUACUUGCGGCGGAUCGACCUGCUGCAGGAUGAGGUCAAAUCUGCGCUCGAGGAGCUCAAGUCCUCCACACCAGCGACUUGAUUAUGCUGCUGCCACUGCUG